AUGCCAGAACCACGCCACGAGACUUUGUCAUACAAUAACAGCGAAUACCAUCAGAAGGAACCAUCGUCAUUAUCGGUAGUACUAGAGAAUGACCAUGCUUCUGAAAAACCAAAUCCUCCUCCUCCACCAGUUUAUCAUGAAGAUGAUAAUCAUGAUGAUAGAAAAUAUCAUGAGGAUGGCGAAUACAAUGAGAACCUUGAAGGAGGAUAUGGCGCGGAGGACCAUCAAGAGAAUCCUGAGGGACCAUAUGAUGAAAAUAAUGAUAGGGGUGUAGGAGAAGAAGAAAGAAAUACAAUGGGUGAUAAAACUAGUGAUGAACAAAAAGAUAUUUCAAAUGUAAAACCUAGUAAUACUGCUGGCAGCGGAUCAGGCUCAAUUAACAAGCCAGGCACUGAAACCUCCUCCUAUCAAGGAGGAUAUAGAGGCAGAGGAAGAGGCUCUUAUCAUCAUAACAAUAAUAGAGGAUAUAGACAUCACAACACUAGAGGCUACAGUAGAGGAAACUACAGCAAUAGAGGAGGGUACAAUAGAUAUAACAAUUACAAUAGUGGUGCUCGUUAUAACAAUUAUCAUCAACACAAUAAUUACCAACACUCUAAUGAUGGCGGAGAUUACAAGAAACGAUCCUAUCAAUCUUACUCUGGUGGUAACAAUAGAGAAUAUUACAACGAUGAUCGUCCAACUGGGUCAUACAACAACAAUCAAAGUUCUUAUCAAUCAUAUGAUAACAAGAGAAGAAGAGAAGAUCAUGAUCAGAUUCCACCCUCUCAAGAAAAACCCGCAGAGGCCAGAGGUGUAGCAGCGUUCUUACAAAAGUCUGAAAGCUCUUCACAACCAAGAGGAGAUUAUAGGAAACCUUCACACCAAUAUAAUCAAGGAAGAGGCUAUCAAAAAGUUUAUAACAAUAAUCAGCAAGGAUCUUAUUAUAAUCGUCCUCAUAAUUCAGGAUAUCAAAAGAAUCAAUAUCACAAUGAACGUCCUUCAUAUAAUAACAGCGGAGGUGAAGGUUAUUACAGAAAUUAUGAGUCAUCUGGAUAUUCUUCAAGUAACAAUAAUCCCACAUCAAGAUACGACAACAAUUACAAUGAAUCAAGACCAGUAUAUAAUGAUUACUAUCAAGCAAAAUCAGAGACAAAUCAAUCUAGAAAUCAAGAGAGAUCACCAACUUAUGAGUUGCCAAUCGGAUGGAAGCAAUAUUUUGACCAAUCAUCUGGAAAAUAUUAUUAUUACCAUGAGCAAACAAAGAAGACACAAUGGGAAAAGCCUUAA